UGGCCAUACUGCAACUCAAAAUUCAUGUUCUGUGUCCCUUAUCGGCUUCCUUACCUGACAUGUGACAACAGAAGGUCAAAGAUGGCAGCCUGCACGAAAUGGCUCGCUAAAUGUGUAUUUUCAUCAAGAUUGUUACGAAAUGUACAGCUCCAACAUGAACGGUUCUUGUCCACGUCAGUUUGUCGUCUGGCGGCUGGAAAUGCCACCCAGCAGCCACCGAAAUUCACCCCUCCGCCAAAGCCUGUCAUCAUUGACAAAACGCAGACUGUGGCUGCUCUACGAAAGUUCCUGAGCCCAGAGUUCAUUCCACCUCGUCAAAGGACAGACCGGCUUAAGUUUUACAUGGAAAGAAAAGACAUGGUCCGCAGGAGGAGCGUGGUUAACAUUCCUGAAUUCUACGUGGGAAGCAUACUUGCCGUGACCAUGUCAGAUCCUAAUGCCAGUGGCAAAACAAACCGCUUUGUUGGCAUAUGCAUCCAAAGGGGUGGAAAGGGUCUUGGAGCUACAUUUGUCCUGAGGAACAUUAUUAAUAAUCAAGGUGUGGAGAUAUGCUAUGAGAUGUAUAACCCGCGCAUUCAAGAGAUCCAGGUGUUGAAGCUGGAGAAGCGGCUGGAUGACAACCUGAUGUACCUGAGAGACGCCUUGCCUCAGUACAGCACUGUGGACCCCGACAUGAAGCCGUCUGCGUACUCCCCGGCUGGAGAAGUACCUGUCAACAUGCUCAAAGUGAAGAUGCGUCCACGGCCGUGGUCCAAACGCUGGGAGCGGCCCAAGUACAAUGUCCAGGGCAUACGCUUUGAUCUGUGCGUGUCCCCGGCGAGGAUGGAGCACGCUCAGAAGUGGGCGAUGCCUUGGGUGGAGUACGACAUGUUGAAGGAGUACGACACCUCCAAGCUGGAGGAGCAGAUUUACAGUGAGAUCCAGGAGGAGAUGAGCAAGUUGAAAUCAGCCUGAGGUGGAGACAAAGGACUUGAUGGACUGAUGUGGACUGGACUGGACUUUUUCAGGUCUAUUAAUGGUUUCACUGUGUUGGCAUCUUUGUCAUAUAAAUGCAACUUUUCAUUCAACCAGCAUUUCUGUUAAUACUUCACAUGUAGUAACGUAAUCUCACACUAGGUGGCGUUGUUUCUCUUCAUAUGACGCAUUCGUCAGCAGUUGCAUAACCAAGCCUCUGUGCUAGCAGGGAAAUUCUUGCCAGAUUUUUGCAGUUCAACAAACAAAGUAAGCUUAGUGCCUUCCAUAGGUGUGAAACCAUAAAAGAAACCUUUCAGUACAAGAUGCAGAUUUACCUCCAUACAAGUGUGGUAUUCAGAGCAAAAUGCACCAAGGACACCCAGUAGUGUUUUACUGUUGUGGAUGGAAAGUUGUGGUGUUGAGAAGGUAUGUUAACGCGUCACUCGGCAAGUAUAAAAAAAACACUUAGACCUCUUAUGUUAUGUCUGCUCCGAGCGUAUGUGUGCAUAAACACACUGAGCAAAUCCCUGCACUCUAAUUUCUCUGUAUUACAGGAUGAGAUGGGGAGAAAAUGGCCUUUAAUACGGGAGUAGCAGAUGUUUAGCAGAUCAUUACGGACCACACAGAUAGGCUGCGUGAAGAGGGUGAUCGUGUUGUGACAGUUAACGCACUUUAAGCAUUACGGUACACUAUACCUUUCGAGGAAUGUUUUCCCCCUAUAUAUGCACCUGUCAAACCGCCAAAAACUGAACUGUUUGUGUACAGUAAAUCACCCUGCAUGUUGUCAUUCCA